GACCAGAAGAAUAAAAGAAAACGCAGGGGAGCUAACGGUGUCAAAAACUUCUCUUUUAGUCCCCUCACAUGAAAGUCGUGAAGAAAGGACGCGAGUGUUUGCCUUUGUCCUGUGUAUUUGGUUCCUUCCCAGACUGAGAGGACUUACACCAUCAGAGGCGAUGAGAUGUGAGUGAGCUAUGCCUUGUGGAAAUGGACAGACUUUAUCCAAGCGAAAACAUGGCGUCUGCGUCCCGAGGAUUAGCUUCUUUUCCAGUCUGCUUGUGGCGCUCUGCUGCCUGGAGGCAUGGGGCUCCGGGCCGCAGGGGGACAGGAGCUGCAGCCCCUGUCCCGUUAACUGCAGCUGCGCGCUGGCGGGGCCCCAGCAGUCCUGCGUCGUCAACUGCUCCAACAUCGGGCUGGAGAGGGCCCCAGCUGCGGCAGACAUCCCGCUGGCCACCAACGUGCUAGAUCUUUCCAAGAACCACAUCUCCUCCCUUGAUACCAGCCUACUGGAUCGUCUCACUGGCCUCCGAGAGCUGUAUCUUCAAGGGAACAGGAUCAAUGUUCUCCCCAGAGGAGUAUUCUGCUGCGGUCCUCUGUCAAUCCUCAAUGUUAGCAACAACCAACUCACCACCAUAGAAGAACAAAUAUGCGACAACCUCUGCAAUUUAACUCAAAUUGACCUGAGCGGUAACCCCUUUGACUGUGACCGUAAGCUGUUCCAGCUGGUGAGACGGCUCCAGGAGAAAGGGGUGCAAGUUCAACGCCCGGACGCCAUGCUUUGCUACAACCCGCCUGAUCUUCGCAAACAACCCCUACUCAACAUCAGCCUGCUCACCGGUGGUACGAAACAAGUAAACGGUCUUAUCUAUGCAGCUUGUCUUGAGGACAGCAGCAGUGGAGGAGGGGGACAAAGCGAGCUUGUUGUCUUCUCAUCUUCCACACCCGGAAACUUCACACGUGAACAGUGUAACAGUGUGUGUUUUGCUGCGUCCCACCUCUACGGAGGCUUGGGACCGAGGCACGAGUGCCUCUGCAGCACAAACUCUGAGCCGAACUUAAUCAGCGAGUCUCAGUGUUCUGCUGCCUGUACGAACCCCCAUGUUAUGAAGAAAUGCGGGUGGAUUCUGGCUCAUGACGUGUUUGCGGUGGACUUCGCCGUCUCACUGAAGCCCCUCCCACGGCAAAGCUUGCACAACCGCAUCAGUUUCUCCGCCGCGUCCUCCGUCACUCCGGUGACACUGUCCUGGGACUUUGGUGACCUUUCGUCUCGGGUGAACACUACAGGAACAGAGGUCACCGCAGCAUCUCACAAAUACGGACUUCCGGGACAUUAUGUGGUCAGUUUGAUGGCCUGGGCUGGACAUAAGGAGGUCUCUGCACGUGGAGAAGUGACCGUCGCACUUCCUCCUAAGCUGGAGCUGCGCUGUCCACCUCUUGCUGUGGCCAAUAAGAGCCUGGAGUUCACACUCGUCAGCUGGGGGGCUGUCGGCGUGGAUGUGGACUGGAAGAUUUCAAAAGAUGGUGUCCAAGUUGCCAAAGCCUCCCCUCACUGCCCAAAGGACGGGGUGUACGACGGCGAGUCCUCACGCUGUUUCCAGAUCGUUCCAGGGGAGUUGAGCUGGACGGACGCUCGACAGCAGUGUUCGGACCGCGGAGGGGAUCUGGCAAUAGUCAGGAGUGACACGCUGCGUAACCUGCUGGCACCCAAAGUCACACAGGAGCGAGGUGCGUGGCUGGGUUUAAGUGAUGUCGACUCUCCAGGCAAGCUGCGCUGGUUGAACGGCUCAGAUGCACAGGAGGGAGAGGAAGGCCUGCCGCCUCGUUCUCCCAUCUCCCGAGGAAACGUGUGCGUGUCCCUCGAUCAGCGCGCUCUGACCAGUUCACACCCAUGCAACGCCAAACGGGCCUAUGUCUGCCAGUACAGCCCUCAAGUGCGUGUUCCAGAUGCAGGGAUUUACACUGCGGGCCUGGCUGUGUUUCCCUCCCAUAAUCCUUUGCACCGCGCCCCGCCCACUCCGCUCUCUACUCCACAACCUCCCAGCGGUGGCAUAGAGGUGCUGUUGUUCCCGGCUCUGAGCUUUGUUCAGGCAGGUCGGCUGUCAUCCCUGGAGUUUGUCGCUCAGGAACUCGGCUCACAAAUCCAAGCCCGCUUCCAGAUCUACAGACCUCACUGUCAUUAUCCCGGCCUGCACCUGCUGCUACCCAGUUGUGGAGGUCCAGUGUGUGCCCCGGUGGCUGUGUGUGCCCCCAAUGACACGAGGAGCGGUGAUCCCCCCGCCUGCCCCCGAGUAGAGCAGUGGUGUCCCUUCCAGCGUCGGUGCCUGCCCCUCUCUAGUCCCUGCCAGCCUUCUUCAUGUCUUAACUGCACCCAGACUCACCGCCUGCCCCCUGGGGCGCUGAGGCCCAGAUACACCCUACAGAAUGAGGUGGUCUUCAAUCUACCAGCAGGACCAGCAGCACACAUACUGGUACAAGAACAGCUGGAGGACCUCUUGGUUUCCCGUGGUGAUGUCAUCGCCCUGCAGCACGAUGCUGGCCCCGCCUCCCUUCUCCGCUGCCAAUCGUCCCCACACUCACUGUGGCGACAACCUGUCUUAGCCCUCAACCAAUCAGAGUGGUUCUGGAUCAACAACACCGGACGGUCUGCAGGCAUCUCGGCCGACCACGAUGCCGACCCUCUGCCUGACCCUGAGCUUGACGUGAAGGCGCUGGUGGAGGAUGGAGAGGGAAGCUGGCUGGAGGAAGUAGUUUGCCCCGUCAGAGUGCUCUAUGUGGGACACAGUGAGACUAAGCUGCAGGGAGCACAGCUGUCUGCUGGUCUACCCCAGCCCGGACUCUACAGCCUGCUGGUGACUUCAGCUGAGCCAUCAUACCCAGCCUCAGCAUCAUGCCCGCUGCGUGUGGUGCCUCCUCUGGGUUUGACGAUCCUCCACCCCCUUCCCCAGAAUGGCACAAUCUACCUGCAGCCCAAGGACACCCAGCUGCUGCUCCGCGUUCGCUCUAGCUACCUAACAAAGGCCUCUCGGCGCGACAGUAAUCGCAGCGUGACCUUCCAGCCCGACUGUCCCAAAGAGUUUUCUUGCAGCCAAGCGCUCUGUCAGCCCGGGCCGAGCUCAGGGUCCGGGGUGGAGGUCGCAGAGCCCAACCUGUAUGCAGUGCUGGAUCUGAGCCUGGAGACGGAGGAGCAGGGGAGUCCAGUGCAGGUGGAGCUGGAGGCCCAUAAUAACGUGACCGAGGCCAGCCUGUCUGUGUCAGUCCGCCUGGAGGAGCCGCUCAGAGGACUGAUGGUGCAGCCGCACCCUGCACACAGAGUGCUGAUGGAGUCAGUCGUUAGCUACACAGCAUCAGUGCUUGAAGGCUCAAAUCCCACUUUUAAAUGGACAGUGGACGACAAGCCGUACUUCACCUAUUACAACACAGUGCUCAACGUCAUCUACCAGCACGCUGCCGUCUACAAGCUCACAGUGACGGCCAUUAACCACGUCAGCACCCUCACAGAGCAUUUCAACGUGACCGUGGACCGGCUGCAGCCCAUGGCCAACCUCACAGUGAAGGGUGUUCCAGACGUGGUCCCUCAGGGCUCCACUCAGACUCUCACCACCUCUGUGCUCGUCGACAUGUCUGUGGCCGCCACCUUCCGCUGGUCUUUUGGUGACGGCGGAUAUAAGGAAUGUGAAUACAAACCUCCCUAUGCCGCCUCCCUCCUCCACCCAGACUCUCCCCAACAGGUCCUUCUAAGCAACAACGUCACCUAUAUUUACUCUCAGCCAGGAAUAUACACAGCGCUGGUGUCAGUGUCCAACAGAUAUAACAACAUCAGUCAGAACAUCAACAUGAGCGUCUACAGCAUCCUCACUCGUGUGGAUAUACAAACAGAGCCGGGACUCCUCCUCACCGGCAAGUCAGCCGAUUUCGAGGCUCACCCUCUGCCCUCACCCUAUGGUAUUCACUACGACUGGCACUUGGGAGAUGGUUCUGCCCCGCUGCAAGGUCGCCGCGUGGCACAUACCUUUGCACAGAGUGGCGUCUUUAACGUCUGUGUAUCGGUAAACAACACCAUCAGUUCUACAGAGGCUUGUGCCGAGAUGUUUGUCUACGAGGAGAUUUACAAUUUAACAGCUGAAAGCUCCUCUCCUACAGAGCUUCAUAGUCCUACUACAAUACGGGCACGGCUCAUGGCAGGUAAUAACAUCACAUGGACAUUCUCCAUGGGAGACGGGAACAUCUACACGUCAUCCGCACCUCACGUGUCACACAGUUACGUCAAAGAUGGAUACUACACAGUAAAUGUGACGGCAGCGAACGCUGUGAGCUCUGGCUGGACGAUCCUACCAGUGCAGGUGUUUGUCUUCCAGGUUGUGAGGAUGGAGCCGUCCGGGUGUGUCCAAGAGCGGACCGCUGUCAACUUUCAGGCCUGGGUGUCCGGUAACGCGUCGGCUCAUCUUUAUGAAUGGAGCUUUGGGGACGGAAGCCCAAACGAGACACACCAGGGCAACCCCAGAGUCUCGCACACCUACUGGACAAGUGGGAAGCACCGCUUGUUUCUGAGUCUUUCCAGCGGGGUAAACAGGGCCACCAAGGCCAACUUCUUCAACUUGGUGUGUGUGCAGCCGGCUCUAACCAACAUCAGCAUCAGCCUUGAGAAAUCACACUACGCUGUGGGGGAGAAGAUCCGGUUUCAGGCCAGAGCUGAGCCAGAAUCUAACUACAGCUAUCAGUGGGACUUUGGUAAAGGGGAAGACCUUGUGCUCAUCGCCGAUUCUGGGGAUAUCGUGACAACGUAUGAAAACCCAGGUCAUUUCAAUCUGACGGUCGUUGUCUUCAACAACAUCUCCACCAGUAACACCAGUGUUGUGAUUGAGGUUUUAAUGCCUGUAGGUCCAAUUGUUAUUCAACAUAAUGGCACAAAGAACAAUAACCUGACACUUCGAGCACCGUACGCUUUCACAACAUCUUCCAUGGGUUCCAAUGUCACUUACAUCUGGAGCUUUGGGGAUGGAAAUGUUCUUACAGGCCAGAAUACCCUCAACACCUACAACAUCUCUGGAAACUACAAUAUCACACUAACAGCAGCCAACACAGUUAGCUGUAAUCACACUACUUUACCUGUCUCUGUGCUCGCACCAAUCCGCGGGUUGACCGUCAACGCCAGUUUGGUAAAUGUCCCUCUCAAUGCCUCGGUCCACUUCGAGGCCCAAAUGGAGGAGGGAGAUGGUGUCCACUUCUCUUGGAUUUUGUGUGACCGCUGCACCCCAAUCCCAGGUACCCACACCAUGUUCUAUACCUUCCGCUCCAUUGCCACUUUCAACAUCAUUGUGACAGCGGAGAACAAUGUAGGAACGACUCAAGCGAGUAUCUUCCUGUACGUCCAACGCGAGCUGGAGGGGUUGCAGAUUUUAGCUGACGAGGAGAUCGGAGGAAUCCCAGGAUUGGAUGGUUGCUGCUACCCGACGAACCGCGUUCUCCACCUUCACGCUGGAUUAAAAGAAGGAACCAACAUGACGUUCACUUGGAACAUUAUCAAAGAGUUAGACCCCCUCGGCUCGAGCUUCAACAUAAGUGGGAAGACGGUGGAGGUGAAUUUCUCCACACCGGGCCCAUGUCACAUCCUUCUCCGAGCAACCAACCUGCUGGGCCAGCUGUCCGUCAACAGAACCAUCCACUUCCUGCAGCUAGCCAGAGGUUUGGACCUGCAGAUCAGCGACAACCCAGUUGCAGUCAAUGCUCCAACUAACCUGACAGUACUGAGUGCUGAAGGCUCGAACCUGCAGUACCGCUGGUUUGUUAAUGGGGACCCUCUAAAGUGGAACAAGCACUGGAAAACCCACACCUUCAUCAGUCCUGGCCUAAAGCAAGUUACUGUGGAGGUCUUCAAUGAAGUUAGCUUCGAGGUUGCAUCAAAGAAUAUCAGUGUCCAGGAAGUUAUUUCUGGGCUAGGAUUCACAGCUACCAAUGUCAUAGAGCAGAGUUACGUAGCAACAGGCGUCAGCGUCACGCUACAAGGGGAGGUACUGACAGGAACCAAUGUGACGUGGACAUGGCUGUUGAAAGGAAGAACAGAAACAGGAAAGAACACUUCUCUGAUUUUUCAGGAGGCUAAAACAGCCACCGUUACUCUGAAUGCUACCAAUGACGUGAGCAGGGAAGUGGUUUCCAGAGAGUUCUUUGUUCAGGACAAGAUUCAGGGGUUGGAGCUGAGGGCAAGUAAAAACAUUGUAGCAGUCGGUGACAAGGUGGAGUUCACGAUAUCUAUGGCAGCAGGCUCGGACGUCCGCCUCAUCCUCAGCAUUAGCGGAGAUGCCACGCUUACCCCUGAACUCAACAAAACCUACGUCCACACGUUCAGCAGGGUAGAUACGUUCAUGGUGAAUCUCACUGCGCUCAACCAGGUGAGUUACAAGAGGAGGCACCUCCAGGUGAAGGUGAUGGAGCCGGUGCGAGGACUUUCCAUCCUUGGUGGCUCUGCAGCAAUCCCUGUAGGCAUAAGAAGAUCGUUCGUAGCCAGCAUCCAGACCGGCAACCCUAUUGAUUUCCUGUGGACUUUUGAUCUGCAUCACCACCACAAGGCCCCGGAUAUGGGCAAAAAUGUGUCCUACAUGCCAGAAAAACCAGGUUUAUUGAUCAUCUUCCUGAGGGCCUUCAACUCACUGCAUGCUCAGAACAUCACCAUGCUCAUCCAGGUGCAGAACCUGCUGAAGGCGGCCGUCCUCUAUGCGGCGCCUGUGGACACGUUCAUUAAUAAGACGGUGACGCUGAUAGCCAAUGUCACACCUAGAUCUAAUAAUGUGGGCUGCUUGUGGGACUUUGGCGACGGCUCUUCUCCAGUUCACACAAACACCACAACUGUGGGUUACAAGUACAAUCACCCGGGACACUACCUGGUCCAAGUAAACUGUAGUAACCUGGUGAGCUGGGUGUUGGCUCAGGUGGAGGUAAACAUCAGCGUUUUAGAGUGCGAGGAGCCAGAAGUGCAGGUGGUUCAAGCCCCCCGUCUGGCCAUCUGGCGCUACCAGCCCACUUUGGUGGAAGCCAGUGUGAACCUGAAAGGCUGCCUACGUUACGGAGCUCAGUACCUCUGGAAGAUCCUCGCGACACCCUCCUGUGAUAAUGACAAAGACCACCGUGUUCCCUCAGUGCCUUUUCAGUCUUCGCUUGUCCCAGUAAUUCGCCUGCCGGUGGAGGUGGAUGUGCGGCGGCUGCAGCUGUCGUUGCCUAAGAUGACACUGGCAGCAGGGAACUACACCUUGGUGUUUUCCAUGUCCUAUGAAGGCGUGCCGCUAAGGAAGGCCGCCUGUCUGCACCUCAGUGUCAUGGCUACCAGGCUGAUGCCCAUCAUAGAAGGGGGCACCUACAGGGUGUGGUCGAGGACAGAGGACUUGAAGCUCAGUGCAGUGCAGUCCUACGAUCCCAACAUGGACCCAGAGAGCCAGUCACUACUCAACUACAACUGGGAGUGUCUAAGCACUUCGAAGGGUGCAGAGCACUGCUCCACUCUGAACUUCGGCCUGGGCACCAACGACCCGGUGUUGGGAAUCUCCGGCUCCGAGCUGGAGGCGGGCGUCGAAUACACUUUCAGACUGCACGUCUGCAAAGACGGCAUGGCACCAGAGUCCACCACACAGACUGUGCUCGUCCAGAGUGGCCAUAUUCCCAUGGUGUCUCUGGAGUGCGUGUCCUGUAAGGCCCAGUCCAUCUACGAGGUCAGCCAGAACUCGUACGUGUAUCUCAGAGGAACCUGCACCAACUGCCAGGGCUUUCACCGUGGGCGCUGGAGUGCCAUGACGCUGGAGAACGAGACUCUGGUUCUGGACUCUUCCUCCACCACCACAGGAAGUGACGGCAUGAAUCUGGUGCUGCGGCAGGGCGUGCUGCGCCUCGGAGACUCCUACAACUUCACCCUGCACGUGACCGACGGCAGUCUGGAUGGCGACGGCGCUGCCUCCAUCACUCUGCACCACAACAUGCCCCCGGCUGGUGGGAAGUGUCGCCUGAGAGGGGGAGGGGAAGCGGGGGUGGAGUACGGGGACGGAGACGUCUGGAGGAUACGCACACUUUUGGACCGGGUGCACUUCAGCUGCUCAGGUUACAGCGAUCUCGGGGCCUCAGAGACUCCUUUGCUCUACAGUUUACAGGUGACGCGCUGCAGAGAAGACUACUGCGAGGACUUCUGCGUGUACAAAGGCAGCAGCCCGGAGCACUCGGCCUUCCUGCCCCCGGGCUUCAGCUCCGCACGUCACCGUGUAGCCGUGUCCAUCACAGUGGAGGACCACCAGGGAGCUGCCACCACUGCACUCAACAAAUCCAUCGAAGUUGUGCUGCCAGAUCCGCCCCCUGAGUACAACAGCCUUCCCCAUUGGCUGUAUGAGCUGACAGACAGCAAACUCAAAAAGCUGUUGGAGCAGGGAGACUCCCAGAGGGUCCGAGAGUUAUCGUUGGCUCUUAUUACAGUUCUGAAUGAGUAUGAGCAGACCAGGGUGUCGGUGCGGGUUUCCCGAUCAGAGCGCGGUUACCGAGUCCGAGUCCGCAGCAACAUCACCAGAGCGCUGACCGCUCUCGACCUGACCACUGUUAAUGACAUCCAGCAGACCUCCGCUGCUUUGGCCCAGUGCACGGCGGUGAGUCGAGAGUUCAUCUGCGAAGAGUGUCAGAACAGCACUCUGAACAAGCUGGAGUCCAUGCUUGAGAUACUGCAAACUGACACCAAGCAGGGCACCGUCACUCCGACUGAGAUAGCUGACAACAUCCUGAACAUCAUGGGUGAUCUGAUCCAUCAGGUCGGGCAGUCAACAUCCCAGUCUUACCUCCAGCCUGCCUACUUGGAUUCCCCCUCGCCCCCCUCCACCUCCUCUUUUCACUCCUUCGCUGAGGAGCAAGGAGGCCCCCCGUUAGACCCCUCUCCCUCCUCACUGGAGCUGCACCCUCUGCGAGUGGCAGCCAAGGCCUACAGCCUGUCCUCGGUCCUCAUGCAGAUCCUCAUGCACGCCCGCGUGCUCAACGAGGAGCCGCUUGUGCUGAGGGGAGCUGAGAUCGCUGCCACAGGAAAACUGGCAGACCCCCAGAGCCUGCUCUGCUACCAUGGCAACGACAGCCCAGAGUGUCAGCGGUUCUCCAUCCCCCGAGCAUUCAACUACAGUCUUGGCCGAGCUGCUGCAGGAAACAGCAUCAUGCAGCUCCUGAUUCAGGUGGAGUCCAACCCCUUCCCCUUCAACUACGUGGCGAACUACACCGUGUCUACCGAGGUGGCAUCCAUGGAGUUCCGCACUGAAAAUGGCACGCAGAUUCCCAUCUCCGGACUGGACGACAGUCUAGCCAUCACCGUCGCUGUUAACAAUGGGAGCAGCGGAGCAGACGCGGGUUCUGAGGGCUCUGGCACCGGAGGGGUCCUCUCCACAACUGCAGCUGUUAACAUCAGCCACUGUGACUCCGUCAUCGUCAGGGUCAGCACGGGAAACGCCAACCUACAGGCGGGGCUGUUUGUGCAGCUUAACUUCACCUCUCAGGAGGAUGCCAGAGAGAAGUAUAACAGAGGAGAGGAUAUGGAGGAGCCACACAUCACAGCCUACCUACAUUCACAUGAGAAACCCAACGAGUUCAACUGCACGGACAAAAAACUAAUCACGCUCAGCAUGACCAGGGGGCAAGAUCUCGACCACAGGAAAUACACCUUCUUCCUGUCGCCAGAGUCGUACGACACCACUCUGGACUACUUUAUCAACGUGAGCACGGCCUGCAGGCCCAACUCUCAGUCUGUGGGAGUACGUCUGGAGGUCGGGGUGUUUGCCUCUCUGUGUCAGUACUUCAGUGAGAGUGAGAAGCAGUGGCGGACAGAUGGCAUGGUGCCGCUGGCAGAGACUAACGCCAGCAGAGCCGUUUGUCGCACAAGGCACCUCACGGCCUUUGCCGCAGGCCUGUUCGUGCCGGCCAACGCCAUCAGCUUUAAAGUGCCCGAGCGCUCUGGUGCAGCAAGCCUGGUUGUGCUGUUGGUGUGUGUGUUGGGCUUACUAAGCUAUGUUGUGGCAGCAGCCAUCUUGCACAAGUUGGACCAGCUGGAUCUACGGCGGGCUGGUGUGGUGCCACUCUGCGGCCAAGACGGACUCUUCAAGUACGAGGUCCAGGUGAAGACGGGCUGGAGCCGAGGGGCAGGCACCACGGCUCAUGUGGGAGUCAGUUUGUAUGGACGUGAGAGCCGCAGCGGACACCGCCAUCUCGACAGCAGAGGAGCGUUCACGCGCAACGCCCUCGACAUCUUUCAUAUUGCCACGGAUACCAGCUUGGGCAGCGUCUGGAAAAUCAGACUUUGGCAUGACAACAAGGGUAUGUCCCCAGCAUGGAUGCUACAAUACGUGUUGGUCAAAGACUUGCAGACAGGAAGCAGCUACUACUUCCUGGUUGAGGAGUGGCUGUCUGUUGACAAUGAGAGAACUGACGGACAGGUAGAGAUUGAGGUGGAGGCAUCAGAGGAGGCUGUGCUCCAUCAGCUGCCCCGUCGUCUGCGGUGUGAGCUGCAGAGGGCGCUGUGUGAGAGUCACCUGUGGCUGUCGCUGUGGGAGAGACCCCUCCGCAGCCCGUUCACCCGCCUGCAGAGAGCCACGUGCUGCGCUGUGUUACUGCAGCUCUUUGUAUUGGCCAACACACUGUGGUACAGCAUUGUGGUGGACAAGAGAUACAGCCCGCGGGCCGUGUCGAGGUUCUCCUCAUUGGAUGGAGAGACGGUGGCAGCAGGCGUGGUGACCUGUCUGAUCGUCUACCCUCUCUACCUGCUCGUCUUUACACUCUUCAGAAUGAGCCGAAGCAAGUGCGUGUCUGUGGAGCAGGUGCCGCCACAAGUGGAUCAGGAGUCGGUGGAAAUUGAUGACUUUCUGGACGACUCCAUGGCUGGAAGUUCUUUCCUGUUUUUUAAUGGCGAGACCAACUCAGAAGAGAGCAAUGUGGAUCUGUCCACUCCAUCAACCAAAAGCGGGGAGAGUUGGGGCAUGGCAGAGGAGGAGAUGGAGGACCGGGAUUGGCCGGAGCUGUUGAGUGAUGUGUCUGUGGUGGGAGGGGCGGGGCAUGGAGCGGGGCUGCCCAGGCUGAAGAGGGGUCAGGGGAGCAGGCACCUGGGUGUCGACAUGACCUUUAACCCUGACGACGAGGAGGGGACCGACCAGCGCAACAAAUACUUCACCUCCUCUGACGAGGAUCUGAUCAAACACAUUCUGGCAGAUGGACAGAACUUCUUCCCUCAGGCAGAUGAAAGUGAGAUGGCUGACCUGUCGAGCAUUUUCGGAGAUAAGACUGAAGUAAUCCUCCUCCAGAAGCUGUAUGCGCCUCUUCCUCUAGAAUCUGUGAGAAGAGACCCACCGAAGACUGCUUUCACCUCAAAUACAGUUGUGACAGACGUGUGUCGUCCCAGACGGUUUCCUCCCUGGUGUGGACGUGUCGCCCUGUGGGGCAGCUGGGCAGCGCUCGCUCUGGCCAAUGGCGUUUCAAUUUGGGCGGGCUCUGGGUUCAGUCAAAACGUGGCCAUGAUGUGGCUCAUCUCCUGUUUUGCCAGUUUCCUGUGUUCAUGCUUGCUGUUGGAGCCAAUGAAGGUGUUGUGUGAAGCAGUUUACUACGCAGUGUGUGUGCACCGCCUGCGUCCAGAGGACCAGGACGUGCUGGUGGAGUUCCCCCGGGUGGAGAGAGUGGUCCAACGGGUCCCCAGGGUGAGACCACCACAGGGCUUCGCUCUGUCUCAGGCUCGACACCAGGCCCGCAAGGUCCACAUGCUGCACACCAUGCUGAAGAAUUUCCUGGUUUACAUGUUUUUCCUGUUGGUGGUUUUGCUUCUCAACUACUCUGACUCAGCCAAAGACACACACAGCCUGAGACUGCGCACUCAGCUGCAGCGGGCACUACACACACCUGAGUACCACAACAUCAGCAGCCGAAGUGAUGUUCUGAUGUGGAUUAACGAGUCACUGUUGCCACGGCUACUGGAUGACUCUGCCCUCUUGAGGGACACAGGAAGCGUGUUGCUCGGCACGCUGAGGCUUCGUCAAUUACGUGACAUGCAGGGUGGUUUCAGGGCAGGAGACAGUAUUUGGGGAAAUGGCUGGGUUCCAUCUCCGACCAAAGACGCUGAGAAUUUCACUGCUUUCAGAGCCAACGAUACACACGGAGCGUGGCGUUCAGGUCAGAUGAGGGUGUAUAACAGUGGAGAUGUUGUCCACCAGCUGAACAGAAGCCUCCAGGAGGCGUCCUCCUCCGUGCAGCAGCUGCAGCAGCUGCACUGGCUCGACCACAGGAGCCGUGCUGUGUUUGUGGAGUUCUCGCUCUACAACAUCAACACAAACCUUCUGGCUGUCUUCUCCUUCCUCUUUGAGUUUCCAGUUUCUGAGCGUGCCCAGUCCAGCUUUGACCUCCUUGUCAUCACUCUGUGGCCAAUCACAGGCCUGGACCUGCAGCUCCUGCUCAUGAUUGUACUCCUUGCCCUGGUGUUGUAUUUCCUGGUGCGGGGGAUCUUGGGCUUCCUCAGAGAAGGUUAUGUGUACUUGCUGUCAACCUGGAGACUGCUGGGCAUCUGCAAACUGGCUCUGGCAGCGUCUGUGUGCGGGCUGCACCUGAGCCGCUGUACCAUGGCCACGCAGCAGUGGGCGUCGUACCUGAAGCACCCACGAGACGCCUUCACAGACUUCUACCCCUUGGCCAGACGGAGUCAGAUGUACACAGCCAUGUCUGCCUUGCUGUUGUUCAUACUGGUGCUCAAGGCGUCCCACCAGUUGCGGUUUCUCAGAGAGUGGGCCGUGUUUGGCAGAGCUCUGCGGCGCUCAGUCUGGGAGCUGCUGGGAGUCGCCCUGGCAUUACUGCUGUUGGUGCUGGCUUACUCACACACAGGACACCUGCUCCUCCACUCUGUAUUUGACGGCUACGGCAGUGUGAGCUCUGCCUGCCUGUCUUUGUUGGGUGCUGGCGGUCGCGGUCUGCUUUCGUGGCGUCCUAGCUGGGCGACUACCGGUCCCUCUAGCACCGUCUCCGCGCUGGUGUUCCACGCGAGCUUUGCCGUACUUCGGCUGGUGUUGAUGUGGUUGGUCACCUCCGUGUUACUGAGGAACUACCGGCGCGCACGUGCGGAGCUGUACCGCCCAGCUGUGGAUCUCCAAGACUACGAGAUGGUUGAGCUGUUUCUCAGACGGCUCAAAAUGUGGAUGGGACUCAGCAGGACCAAGGAGUUUCGUCAUAAGGUGCGUUUCGAGGGCAUGGAGCUGCCACCCUCCCGUUCGUCCUCCACCAGUGACUGUAAGUCCCUGUGCUUGCCGCCGCUGGACGGUCCCGACUCCCCUCCCUCCCCGGACAGCAUAGAUGCAGGCUCUGAGGCCUCGUGGCGCCCGGCCUCCUCCAGCCCCUGCAGCCUGACGGAAGCCCCAGGGAUCGGCCUGGGACUCGGGUUGGGUCUGGGUUUGGGGCUCGGUCCAGGAGUGGUGAUGGGAAGCACCAGCUGGCGGGAGAGAGCAGAGACCGAAGCCUCUCUGAGGAGGCUCCUCCCCACCCUGGACGCCCUGCUGCAACAGCUUGACCGUGUCACCAUGGCAACAGAGGAUCUGUACCACAUCGAGUGUAAACUGGAGCGAACCCAGAGGAAAAAGAGGCGGAGAGAGAGGGGAGGUGGUCAGGGAGGGAGGAGCGAGGCAGGACAGAAGGGAAAGGGCGAGGACAAGGACUCUGCUGGAUGGAGAGAACGAAAGAGUGGCAAAGAAAAACACAAAGGGAGCAAAAAAGGGAAAAAGACGGAUAAAAGUGAACUUCUAAAGGACUCUGGAAACACUGCCGCCAAUCCCAAAAAGACUCCAGUAGCCACACCUGUUCCCUUUUUAAAGCCCAAACCUGCCUCUGCCGCUACACAUACGCCCGCUCCUCGAGCAUCAGCCAAACCUUCAGUCAGUGCACCUCCACCUACACCAGUCACAGAUAAAUCUGUCUCUGACGCCUCCUCUCCACCCGUCUCAUCAGCAAACACUCCCCUUGUCCCGCUGCCCAAAACACCCACUGCACCUCCAUGUACCCCUGCACUAUCCCAUUCCUCGCCAUCUCCCCCCGUCCCUAUACCCAGUAGCCGGGACUGGGACCCCCCCUCCUCCAGCCUGUUCAACCACCCAGCUCACACAACCACCAUUCCUACACGCAAGCGAAAACGCAAACCCCCACCCCUCAAAAACAAGGUGCACCCCAACCUAGAUAGGCACGGCCCUGGACACCCCAAAUCCUGAGGACUAGAUAGAGGGACAAGCAGAAGUGAAUAGAAGAAGUAGAAAAAGAGAGUAAAUGUUGGGUUAAGGACGAGAGGAGGACGGGGGCAGCAGGUUUUGUCCCUGAGGUGCCCCUCUCUAAACCCAGGGAAAGGAGAGAAAAUAGUGGAGGGGAAAGUAAAAGCACAGUUAUGGGAAAUGUAAGAGAAGAAAAAUAAGACUUUGGAGGUUUAUAAGCAGCGAUCUGUCCAAAUCCUAGCUCAGCUCUCUCAGAAGCAGCGUGCUGGUCACCAGAUGCUAACUGAGCUGGUUUAGUCAGCCAGGUAGAGGUCAACAUUGAAAAUAGAAAUACUCCUAUUUCUUAUUUCCCCGUACUAAAACUGACCCUACAUGACCCUGGAGGUCACGUGGGGUCACUGACAGGAGCACAUGAGCGUGCUCACCCGAGGAUUUCACCAACUGAAAGCAGACAACGCAAUCAGACUUUUUGUGUAUCUCUUAAAAAUGGCGUUGAUUUCUCUGUUAUGUCGUCCGUCUACGUAUUUUUAUAUUGUAUAUUUCGGUCACCAUGGGUACUUGUGGCCUGUUUGAAAAUAGUUGUGUUUUAUGGACCCAAAUUUGCAUGCAGGCACACACAGAUAUACGCACAUGCAGGUAUACACAUGCAUGGGAAUAACACUGUAGGCACAUACGCGCUAAUUGUAACGUGCCAUACACUUCAGCCCACUGAGGUACAAGAGGAAACAAGAUGAAGUAUACACACACACACACACACACACACACACACACACACACACACACACACACACACACACACAGGUUGUUGGAAUCCCAGCAGCCAGUUCUUCAGGGUGCAGAGAAAUAAAAAUACAAAGAUAAAGGGAAGUAGUGUCCUGAAGGAGGCGUUAGCGCAGAACAAGGUAGCGCAGGAGCGUUCGCAAAAAGCGGGAAAGUAGAAAAGUAAGGGAAAGUUUGGUUGUAGAUAAAAGUUGAGGAAGCAGGAAGGAGUUUCCUUCACUUACACAGUACUGAACAUUUAGUUCUCCUAUCAUAAAGCUAUACUGACUCCCGGUCUGAUUAUCGUUUGUGUUUAAUAUGGUUGUGAUUUAAAAGCACUUUUGUUCCGAUUGUUUUUCUUCAAAGAGUUGUGGUGUAAAAUAAUAAGCUUGGUGUCCAAAACAAACAGAGAAAGCUUCACUCAUACUGUAUCUUAACUAUAAACGUUGCCAAAGCUUAUGUAUGCAUUCAGAGUUUUACCAUGCCAAAUAAUCAUUCAUUUUGUACUUAGCACUUUAUUUCCUAAUGGAGCUGAUAUCCAAUGCCAUAUUUAACUCUCCUGUUGUCAUUUCAUAUCUUAACACAUUAUAGAAGCAACCUAGUAAGUAUUAUCGAGGUGUUAAAGCCACAGCUAGCAGUUGUGUGUGUGUACUUUUGUUCGCUCUUGUUGUUUCUGUUUUUUAAUGUCUCUAUUAACAUACUUCCUGUGUCCAGUGGGCAGAUCUCAGGGAACCCACCCUUUUCCCCCUGACCUGGAAAGACAACCAGGAAAACCAAAACUGGGGGCAAAAUAGGUGCUUUCAAUAAUCUAAGGAAAUUAUAUAUUUUGUGGUUACAUCAUGCCAGUCUGUUCGGGACUUCAUCUCCCUUCUCUCAGCCGAAAACUGGGGAGUUAUGUGUCGGCGCCCUGUUUUUAUGAGUUUUUAAAAGGAUAUGAAAAAGUGUGCUGAGUACUAGAGUGCAUCUUCCUAUCAAACCCUGCCAGCAUUAAAGCAACCGCCCUUAAGGAUUAUCUUUUGAAACAUUAGCUCACCUUUUUCCUGCCCAACAAGUUGCAUAAAGUCUCACACAUUUCAGGCUCAAGAAAAAAGACCCUGCUUCAUCUGUGUGUACAUUUCUGUAUAUAUUGGUGCUUCGUGGUGUACAUAUUUUUGCUUUUCAUGAUCAGUAUUGUUUAUGUGCUGCAUGGGCAUAUGCAUUAGGUCAAGCACUGGUGUUGCAAACCCCAAAGUUUUACAUUUCUCCGAUCUAACUGAAGCCCUACAGCCAAAGCUAUAAAUGUAUGUAAUAUAAAUCUUUGUUCACAAUUUCCCAACUAUAAUCCGUCAGCGCCUCCACUGGCCUCCUUAUUCCUGCUCUGUGUGUAACAAGUCUUCUGUCCCUUUGUGUCGUACGAUACAUUUUGUUUUAAAAUGAUGUCACUAAUUUGUCUUUGAGAACAUUCGUCUAUGCUCUUCUUUGUAUCUCAUGUCUGUAUUUUGCGGUUGUAGCACUUCUCCUGCUUUUGCACUUGACAAAGUCGAAUAAAGAGUUUGACAGCUGAACUGUG